AUGAUAGCAAAUUGUUGGGAACAACAAUCGGCACAUUUGGACAGUCGUGUAUUGGACAGAGCAAACAACCGGACGGAACUCUACGAAGAUUUGUUAUACUCUAUGAGUAUUGAUCGGCAUUUCAAGGAUAGUAUGGUUGGCUGUCAAGACCAUAACAUACAGACCUAUGAAGGCAUUGUUAAGUUUGUUUUGGCCAACACUACCGCUCAUCUAUAUAUACUCACCAAUGCCUACGACAUAACAGAUUUGGUUCAAUUAACAUAUCAUGGAUCCCAACAAAAACCGUCGACACUCUACACAUUGGAGAUUAAAAAGAGAAAUAUACACUGCAAAGUAAGGAUCAGUCCGGUUGACAAAAAUCGGUUCAAACUAACCGCCCGAUUGGACAACGUAAAGCUCGUCAACAACUAUAUGGAUCUAAUUGGACAGAAAUCGGCGGCACUGAAGGCCGAUAUACUUUACAGUUCAGUGAUAGACAAUCCCGCGAAUACCAUACAAGAGGAGACCAUUAAGCAUACAAUUCACAAAUCAUUCACAACACAACUUAGUUGUCAAAACUUUACGAAAAUCAUCAAAAAUGACUACAAAAGUGAUUAUUCGGUUCAAAUUGGAUUCAGAUUCUGGUUUUAUCCUGUGUUUAACGUUCAAAGACGUGAUCUACUAAUCGGACAACAAAUCGACAAUCAAUUUAAAGGAGAAAGUAUUAUACAGACUGUGGAUCAGACAUAUGAGAUCAAUAAAAAAAUUACAGUCAAUCCAUAUACGAGUGUCGAAGUGACAGCCGUUGUCCAAACGUUCAACAAUAUGAACAACUCAUACACUGCCGAUCUAAUUGUUUCGGGCAUCGGACCGAAAUUCGGAUCAACCGACCAAUUAAAAGGUUUACAAAUCUACGAUAUCCUAUACCGCGACAACAAACUAAACGACAGCCUAUCGAUUAAAAUCGGCAAAAAUACUAUUUCGAUACCCGUCUCGGAUACUAUUGUGGCCACUUUCGCUGUCCGCUCGUACACAACAGUUAGGGAUAUCAGUAAAACCACUACAACAUCACCAACAACAACAACAAGAACUAUCACCACCGUUACCGACAGGACCACCACAACCAACAGUAAUAUACUAGUGCCGACACCAAAUGGAUGGGAUAGCAAUAAAGAUAUAAUUUAUCUAACUGAUAGCGCAUACCAUACCUACACCUACAACUGGCCAUUUAUUAUAAUGAUAGUAUUAUAUUUUAUGGCCUGUCCUAACAAACCGACAUUAAACUAUCCGAUGUUAAUGCCGUACACUGUUGUUGAGUACUGGAUAGUACACCAAUUGGGACAGCCCUACCAUUAA